AUGUCCGUCUGUCAGAGAAUGGCAGAUUCAUCGCAAGACGACAUUUCAGGCCGGGCUGAGCUCGACUCAGGUCAGAAGCGAAACCGGCCAGAACGUUCAAAUGCGAAGGUUCGUGCUUCUAUUGCUUGCGUCCCUUGCCGCAGUAAGCACACUAAGUGUGAUGGGUUCAUACCCUCUUGUACACGCUGCAAAGAGGAGGGGAAACGAUGUCACUACGUCAGUUCACGGCGAGGAAUCCGCAAUCCGAAGAAACGCAACAUGAUCAGAGAUGAGGUCUCGAUGACCGAUCAAGACGACACAACAGAAAGCACACCUUCUCCCAAUCUUUCAAUUUUCCAUCACCCUCUUCGCAAUCCACUUGAUUUGUAUUAUGCCAACUUUCACCUCGCUCAUUCCUGGGCCCCGCCGAAACGAAUUUUGGAACGGCUUUUAGAAGAAAACCCGAACGACAUGCGAUUUCUCGAAGCUACCAUUGCUUAUAUUGCAUCUCGGUACUCCCUGGUAGACACUGGAUCGCUCUGGGAGCGAGUUUACAAGAUGUCGCACGAACAACUUCCUCCGACGCUUUGGAAUGUGCAAGCACUACUGUCCCUAUCCAUCGCUUCAUUCGGUGAGCGGGACAACUUCUAUCCCUCUCUGUUCAAUCGGGCCCGCGGACUUGCACUCGUUCUCGACCUUCAACCCAAGGUAUAUGCCGAUCAGAAAGAUGGACCUUACCUAGCUGAGUCAUGCCGUCGGACGUAUUGGGGAUUAUACGUUCACGAGAUGUUGCUGAGUAUGAGGGAUGACCCAAUGCAUUCGUCACUCUGCCCGCCUAAGUCGACUGAGAGCAUAGAGGCCCCAUGCGAGGAAUGGGAGUAUGAGUCUGGCAAAUUUCCUGCUCCAGUGCCCCUUACCGAGUAUGGUCACUUAGGCGCGUCUUGCGGUCAAUCUUCCUGGGCCUGUUUCGUCAAUCUAAUACGCAUAUACGACCGCUCCGUGGCUCAAUUUCUCCACACAAUCCCAUGGGACACAAGCUUCGGUGCAUUAGAAGAUGCAAGCCAACUUAUCGAUCGGUGGCGGAACACAAUCGAGGGUUCGAAAAUGGAAUGGGUGGAUGAGGAUGGAACGGUGGAUAUGAUACUUUAUUCUGCUUUAAUAGUCUCUUAUGAUCUCCAGAUCCGGAUGCAGCGUCACUUUUAUGAUGUUCGAAAGUUCGCUAACGGGAAGCACCCGAGUCCCUAUAUACCUCGCCUUCACGAAGGUGUUCCUGUGGAGUUUGAUCCCUCACUGUCGUCCAUUCUUCAAGCAGCACCGCUACGCCUAGUAUCACUCUUCAACCAUGCCUUGCCACAGAAGAUAUCUCCUUCAUGCAUACCAUGCCUGGAUCGGGCUGCCAGGCUUCUUAACGAACAGUCAUAUUAUAGACAUAAGGUUGACUUCUUCUCAAGUAUCCUUAGGAAAGCUGGCGAGCAUUGGUCCAGGUUGAAAGGAACCUCGGAGUAUCUAGAGCAAACACCAAUGGGUGCCGAGAAUGGCACUUCGCAUGCAACUCAAUUGCCAACUUUGACAGCGAACGCCAGCGCAGUUGCAUAUGCUGUACCACAGGCAGACAAUCCCAAUUGGAAUCCGGCAACAGAAUAUUGGUCAGGACUGACUCCACAGUCCGUGAGAGACAUGUCACACUUUAUGGAUUGGACAGAGCAAAACUUCAGUGGCAGUUCAGUGCCAUAUGUUUUUCCCACCACUACAGCAGAGUCAUUUCAAAGUCUCGAUGUCAAUGCAGGCAGCUCAGGGGAACAGUCUCCACAUGUGAAGACCGAGAGACAUUGGACAUAG